UGAGUGAUCAGCAAACGACGACGAGACGAGGUUGUCGGGAACUAAGUACACACACACAGACACGAGCCCCGUCGUAUAUGCAAAAUUACACACCAGAGCAGCAGUAGCAGCAGAGCAGUACAUGGCGCUGCAUAAGAAACAAGUACAAAAGCAACAAAUAUAAUAAAAAUAUACAAAAAAUAAAAACGUAAAAUCUUUUGCGUAGUUUAUUCGCUCCAAGCCAACUCUCCUAUCUCAUCGCUACGUUUCGCUGCGCUGCCUCGCGUUGCGUUGCGCUGCGCCGCCGAGAGUUGCGUUCGCUCUUCUGCUCAGCUCGAUUCGAUUCCAUUUCGAUUCCGCUGCGACGCGAUGUUUAGUUUAGAUUGACCAGGACAAGAAGAAAUGCCCUGGCACUCGCGCGACUCCGACAGAAUCGAGACACAGUUCUCCACCUAAGCGAAGCGAUUAAACUAAGCCUAACUAAACUAAAUCAACUGCCAAGCAGGGCCUAUAAACCUACCUAUAUGUGGUAACGGAAACGAGUGUGCAUAAAUCGCGUUGUGAUUAAACCCCACGAAUUAACUAAUUAAAAAAUCCGCGAUCUGAAUCUGACUGUGAUUCUGAUUCAGAUUCUGACUCCGAACCCAGAUACAAAAAUACAGUCCACCAACACACACAGAUACUUAUUGUCAGUGCAACUGCAAGUGUAUUUCCGCAGCAAGUGAUAACGCUCCGCGAGCAUAAACAUAUACAAAAACCGCGCAUGUAACGCCAAGCUUCGUGUAAUCAUUUUAAAAACAAAUCUCAGCAACGACCCAGAAGACAUAUUAUCAAAUAGUUGGUGUUUCAAAAGAAGCAAUGGUUAGCAACAAAAGCAACACGUAAAACAAACACAAACACAACAACCACACACACGACUCUCAGUGGUAUUGGUGCUCGCCUGCCGUAGUAUUAGUGUCGACCACAGUCUCGAGUACAUAUGCAUUACACAGACGUGGUGUACACGGGUGUGUAAACUCUGGGCACAUAAGUACGAGCCAAUCUAUUUAAUUCAGUGCAUUUAUAAAUUAAUAAAAUGUACAAUAAAUACGGAGAGCCAGAGUGUGAGUGAGAGUGCUGCAGAUAUAUAGUAUACAGAGAGGCACACGUACAUAGCUACAAGCUCAUUACACAGACGCAGCGAACGUGAGUCUUGGAAUAUUGCAAACACAAAACAAAAACAACAAAAAUAAAAUAAAUAAAUAACGAGGAACCAGUUUCACCUUGAGGAGCAAUACCUAGUGCAUACUCACACACGGGCCAGCAUACGAACAUAUGUGCGAUCGGACAGCGCCUACGACUACGAAUACAUAGUGCACAUGCAGCAGUACAUAGGCAGUACAUAGUUAACAGUACAUAACGCAUAAUUGGCCGGGAGCUGCAUAAUAAUAAAUAAUAAUAAAUCCGAGAUAAAGGCCCGGAGAAACAGCAUCCCCGUCUUAUCGGAGCCUCACCACCACUGCCACAGUAUCAGCGACUAUGUUCCAGUCCCAGGGAUCAUCGAGUCAGCUUCCCUGGGAUAAAACCGAUACACAGAUACAGAUACCCCGCUCUGAUGCAUCCAACUGAGGUGCUCCGGGAAAGAUGAUAGCUGCGCCCAACCAGGCCGCCGAACCACCAUUCACACUUCGCCCAGGAACAUUGCCAGCCGUUCCAGCAACCACCACUACCACCCGGCCAGCGAGUCCAGCCCCACAAUUAUCCGUGCCCGUGCCCGGGGCACUCUGCACUCCGCACCCCCAAAGAACGCCAGCAGCAGCAGAACCAGCAGCAACACAAAGCCAGCGAGCCAUUACUCAUCCAGCGGCUGUGGCUUCGCCUUCCGCGCCUGUUGCUGCAGCUGCUCCAAGCCCCAAGCCCCUCCACGACCCCAAUCCCCUUGAAUCCAAUAUGGACAGCGAAAGAUCUCCGAGCCACAGCGGCCAUGAAAUGACACUGAACAUGAGCGGCAUCGAUUCCAGCCUGGUGUUUGGAUCUGCACGGGUUCCUGUCAAUUCCAGCACCCCGUAUUCGGAUGCAACUCGAACCAAGAAACAUUCUCCCGGCCAUAUAAAAAGACCCAUGAACGCGUUCAUGGUCUGGAGUCAAAUGGAGCGGCGGAAGAUAUGCGAGCGGACGCCGGACCUGCACAACGCCGAGAUAUCAAAGGAGCUGGGACGACGAUGGCAGCUCCUUGCUAAGGAGGACAAGCAGCCGUACAUCAUCGAGGCGGAAAAGCUGCGGAAGCUGCACAUGAUCGAGUAUCCCAACUACAAGUACAGGCCGCAGAAGAAGCAGACGCGGUCGCCGGGAUCGCUGAAGCAGAACCAGGACGCAGACAGCUGCGAAGCUAAAAAUGACAACACAAAUCCCAACAACAACAGCACUCUUGCAAUUAAUGGAACAUCCACCACUGCCGGUCGGAAACACAAAAGAUCUACCUCAACAUGUCAAUCUGGUUCGGUUUCGAAACAAUUGAAAAACAACGAUUCGGGUGAUACUUCCUCGUCCAAGCCCAAGGCGUACGACGUGAAGGCUCCGCUCCACGUGCUGGAGCAGGACAAUCCCGUGGAUAUUAUAUUACCCUCAGCCGAUAAUCUGUUAAGCUACCAAUCAUCUGAAUAUUUACCUCUAAGCACGAAUCACAGCAAUGUCGAUUGCGAUGUACACUCAGACCUAAGCUCAGGUCCCUUGGAAUCGAUUUCCAACAAUCCGCGGGAGAACCUCUCCGAGGUCGUUUACAAGUAUAUCCGUCUGCCCAUGUUCAUGAGUCCCUUCGCCAACGAGGACGACUCCCAGCUGGAGGUCAACACAUCGUCUCACAGCCACCCACACAACCAGUCCGAUCCGACCGCUGGCUUACAAGCCAACAUCUCCGGCAUCAGUCCCAUGAGCGGACAGGAAGAGACGGCCGAGGAAGUGUUGCGGGGCAUGCCCUAUUACGGCAACCUCUUGGAGGUGAGUUCUCAAAACGACAGCGCCGGGACCGUUGGCAGCCACAUUCUAAAUGUGGUCAAGGGCAACCUUCUGGAAGGCCACAACCCCAACCUCGUCGGCGAGCCCGUGUUCGACUCCGAGGAGAACAUUGUGAACGAUGCCAACUUGCAUUCGGCCAGCCAUCAAAUAACUCCAUAUGUGCCUGAUCAACACGACUGCUUCGCCGAGGAUUGCGGCGGCGGCGGCGACAGCUCCUCGCAUCACGUGGAAUUCGCUGUGGUGCAGCCGCAGACCGUCACCAUGAACAUUGAGAUACACAACAACUCACUCUCAUACGGCGGGGCGGAUGGCGGGCACACAUUCCAGACCGACGAUUUCAACCCAAUGCCGUCGACCGCCGAGGACAGCGACUGCAGCAUCCUGACCGCCGACCACUCGCCCCAGAUCGGCUUUUGCAACGGCAGCUUCGUGGAGGCGGACACCAUCGUGAACGCUUGCACAUCAUACACCACCCAAGACUAUACCGGAAAUGUAAUUGAAACACACAAUGAUCUCAACUACGCCGCACACGAUAACAACGGAGCUCUCCUAGCUUAUACAUUAGAGGACUUGCCGCCUCAGCCAACCGGAAGUCAUUUAGAGUUUAACACUAACAAGUACGGGUUUGCAAAUUAUUACAAAAUGUGAGAGAUGUAUUUAAGUUUUGUGUAAUUUAUAACUAAUCUAAUUGUACGUUUAUAAUUUUACACCAAAUUAUAU